AGUAGUGCUCUUUAGCUACUCAAACAAGGCAGGCAAAACUGAUAGCAGCGUACCGAUAUGGCAAAAUGUUACAGCAGCUUUGUUUCAACCGUUUUUUUAAUGUUCGUCGUGUUACAGCAGUGCUCUCUGCUUGAUUUGGUGAGCAGUGCUGAUGCUGAGUCAACAAAUUCACCGCUUUUGGAAAAAUUAACAGCAGAUCACAUAUUCUUUCCGGAUGAAAUUAUGGCGAAGCGAGUUGAAUAUCAGGAUCUCAUCGAUCCCAUUUCGGGCGAAGACGAGGAUGAAGAGUCAUACGAAUUUAAAACUGCUACGGUGUCAGCAACAGAGGAAAUUUUGUCUGCUACAAAUGACACAGUAAUCAGCUAUGUGAUAUUUCCCAAAUCCGCUGAGAAAAUUUUUCAUUGAAUAGUUGUCUGUAGAAUUAUUUCUGUAACUCAAAAUAUACUUAAACUUUAGCUUCAAGACUUUUUCCCAGUAUUCUUAAAAUAUGUAUAAAUAUGCUCUUUGUUUUAGGCUGUCACACUAAGUGUGCCCCUUGAACUUUACAUUUUUUGAUUCAAUAUUAAAAUUAUUUUCUUUAUAUAUUUCUAACGACAUUUUAAGCUUAACCGCAAUCAAAUUUGUUAUAUUAUUCUGAUGUACGCUACUUUGCUUGCUUGAAAUAAAUUUCCUACAGGGUGAAAUUGUAACUAAAUAUUGAGUCUCGGAA